AUACUGUAGACAGCCAACGGUAGCAAGUAGACAGACGAGACUAUUUCAGGACCGUCUGCAACUACAAAAAAGUUUAUUGAUUUAAAUGGGGGGAACACUUUUACUGGGCAGAAAAAAACACAUGGUGGAGUAAUUAAUCAUACCCUUUGGGAGGCUGGAGUGAUACAGUGAGGAUUUACUUGGAUUCAUUACCCAAAGAAAGAGAGGGAGAGAAAGAAAGAAAGAAAACUACUGAGAGAAAGUGACAGUUUGGGGCCGUGGAGGUGAGUGAAGCGCGUACUCUUGAGAGGGGCAAAAGAUGACUGUUGUAUCCCGUGAGAACCAGGACGAGACUGUGGUAGUCCCUCCCCUGUACCCAGAUGAUUGCGACGUGGAGCGGGGCGAUCAGGAGUGCAGCGAGAGGGUCGUCAUCAACAUCUCCGGGCUGCGCUUCGAAACUCAACUGAAGACCCUCUCGCGCUUUCCCUCUACGCUAUUGGGAGACCCACGUAAAAGGAUGCGCUUCUUCGAUCCGUUGAGAAAUGAGUACUUUUUCGACAGGAAUAGACCCAGCUUUGAUGCCAUCCUUUAUUAUUACCAGUCUGGAGGGAGGCUUAGGAGACCUGUCAACGUUACCAUGGACAUUUUCAUGGAAGAAAUCAAAUUUUAUGAAAUCGAAGAGGAGACCAUAGAGAUGUUCAAAGAAGAUGAAGGUAUGAUCAGAGAGGUGGAACGUCCGAUGCCUGACAACGACUUUCAGCGCCAGAUGUGGUUGUUGUUUGAGUACCCCGACAGCUCGGGGCCUGCCCGGAUGAUCGCUGUUGUAUCAGUCAGUGUGAUUUUGAUAUCCAUAUUGAUCUUCUGUUUGGAGACUUUGCCACGGUUCAGGGAAGAUCACAGCACAGACAUAGAACUCAGUAAUCACCUCACCACGAAUGGGACUACUCGACACAAAAAAAAUAAUCCGUUGACAGACCCGUUUUUUAUGGUUGAGUCACUUUGCAUCGUAUGGUUUUCCUUUGAAUUUCUCAUGAGGUUUUUAUCGAGCCCCAGCAAACCGGCUUUCUUCAAAAACGCAAUGAACGUCAUUGACAUAUUAGCGAUUGCUCCUUAUUUCAUCACCCUUGGACUUGAACUCGCAGAGCUACAGGGAGCGGGGAGCGAGCAGGCCACGUCGUUAGCCAUACUCAGAGUCAUCCGUUUGGUUCGAGUCUUCAGGAUUUUCAAACUUUCCAGGCACUCCAAGGGUCUCCAAAUCUUGGGCCAGACACUCAACGCCAGUAUCAGUGAACUAGGUCUUUUGAUAUUCUUUCUUCUCAUCGGGGUUAUCCUGUUCUCCAGCGCUGCUUACUUUGCAGAGACAGACGACCCUGAAUCCGGAUUCACGAGUAUCCCCGCCGCAUUUUGGUGGGCGGUGGUGUCCAUGACUACGGUUGGAUAUGGAGACAUGUGCCCGGUUACUGUUGGCGGCAAAAUAGUGGGAUCUAUGUGUGCCAUCGCCGGAGUGCUGACCAUAGCCCUACCUGUCCCUGUCAUUGUUUCCAAUUUUAAUUACUUUUAUCACAGAGAACGCAAUGAUGAGGACACCGCCGUGUAUACUCACGUGACUUGUGGCCAACAGAAUACUUCAUUUGGCGAAUUCAAAUCGACCAGCGACAGCAAACAGUCCCUCGCCAAAUCAGAGUACAUUGAAGAUGAUUCUUUCGAGACUAUCAGAUUUACUAACUUCAGCCCGUUUGAACAUUACACUGGCAAGCUGACAGAUGUAUGAAAAAACAAGCAACGCCCUAGCUGAGCAGAAAAAACGAUAUCGGGGACAAGAUCAAAGACCAUUGCUUUUCUGCUCCACUUGAAAGGAAAUGGCUUUUCCAAUUCUAGAUAUGCUUGGAACUGAAAAAGGCAAGAUAGUGAAUAAAAACACACAUGGCAUGUCUCCAUGAACAAUUGGCCAGCAAUGUGAGAUGACAGAUGCUGAUGCAUCAUCCAACGGAGAGCUCGCUAAAGAAAAUACGGUUUUGGAGCCUCUGCCUUUAGGAAACUGAUAACCUUUGAAAAUCAUUUCGCCUUUCAAAGUAUUUUGCAGUGUAUUCAAUGAACUCUGAAAUUACUACUGUAGAUAUCCUGUUGUGUAUUGUUGUAAAUAGGCCUAUACUGUAAAUUCAAUCGUUGCGCUCAACUCAGAAUCUUUAUGCGAACAUAUCUGUGUGCCAUUAAGUGGAUGAUUUCAAAAUAACUAUUAUGGGUAGUCCUUUAUUUUAUUGAACUAUUUAUUGCACAGAGAAUCUGAUUUUGCUAUAAACGUUCUUUGGGAAGCUAGUUUUAAAAUCACUAGUCUUAAAAUAACUUAACCAUAGGAAUCUUAUUAAGUAUGCAUGUACGGAGAUGUCAGUUGUGCUCAAAAAAUGUCAUGAAGAUGUAUUUAUAUUUUUGUAAGAUUGUUCAAAUGUAUGAACUUUUGAAGAA